CUCAACCAGUAAACCGUCAACCAAGCACGGAGUUGGUGCACGCACGUUGUUAAUCCUCCUUCUUUACGCGCCCCACCCACACAUAGUUACAUGUGCAGCAGAUAGCGUGCACAUAUUGAAAUUAAGUACAUUAGUUAAAUAGUUAAAUAUAAUGAGGACUUGUAAGUUUAGUUUAGGAUUUCUCCUGGUCUGUGCUUUAACUGCAGCCGGAGAAGAAUCCGUCCCGCGGGAGGGAAAACAGUUAAAUGAUCAGGAGCAAAAAUACGAUUUUGAACUUUCAUUUCCCGUCGAUUCGGACGAAGCAACGAACGCGGAUGGACGAGUUGAGAGAAUAGAAAGUCUGCUACAAUCUCUUCUUCUUGAGAAUGAGAAUUUGGCUGUCAGUGAUACCCUUCCCGGCACCCUACUCGACCCCAGCUCCAUCUCCUUCAAGCAGAGCUUCAGAUGUAACUCUGGCGAGGUGGUCGUUGACGACCAGUGUGUUCCCUGCCCUCCCGGGACCUUUUUUGACGCCGGAGGCCGUGUCUGCACAAAGUGCCCAGUCGGACAGUUUAACCCUGAGUUUGCUCAGAAGGAGUGUAUCAGGUGUCCGACUAUCCAGGGGAUUGAAGGAGUUACCGAGAGUACUGGAGCAGCAUCUAGUGCGGAAUGUAAGGAGAAAUGCUCCCCUGGCAGUUAUUAUGAUAAAGUAACAGAUCUAUGCAGACCCUGCGGGCAUGGUAGGUUCCAGUCUGAAGAGGGAAAAUUCACUUGUGAUCUUUGCCCCGUUGGUCUCACCACCAGAACCAAGAAAGCAAUCUCAAGCGACGAGUGUCGUCAGGAUUGUCUGGACGGAGAACAAUUGGGACUCAACGAAGAAUGUGGACUUUGUGCAAUUGGAACUUACAGGACUCAGGGAAUACACAGGGAGUGCCAGGAGUGUCCUCAGGGUAGGACUACAAGUAAGGCAGGUUCGGUUAGUCAAUCCGACUGUAACCUACCUAUCUGUAUACCUGGAGAAUACUUGAGCGCCGUUGAUAACUCCUGCAAGCUGUGCUCACGUGGACAAUACCAGCCGGAGGGUCAGCAGACCAGUUGUCUGGACUGCCCGCCAGAUACCAGCACUGUAGAGCUCGGAGCUACCUCCGUAGACCAGUGCACCAACCGGUGCAAAGUAGAGAAAGGAGAACCAGAACUGUGUGACAGAAAUGCAAGAUGCCAGUUCAAACUUCCCAACGAUUUCACCUGCACCUGUAAACUAGGAUACAAUGGAACUGGAAUCGGACCUAACUCCUGCGUUGAUACAUGCGAAGGAUUCUGCCGGAACGACGGUAUCUGUCUCAGAACCACCCUUGGUCAACCCUACUGCCAAUGCGCCGGAUCUUUUGCCGGAAAGCAGUGCGAGGAGAAGUCUGAAUUUGCCUACAUCGCCGGAGGAAUUGCCGGAGCUGUUCUAUUCGUUAUCCUUCUCGUCCUACUUGUCUGGAUGAUCUGCGUGAGAUCGAACAAGAGUAAACGAUCCAAUGAGAAGUUCCUCCAACAAGCCGGAGAAAUGGCCGGAUCCCAGGUUAAUUUCUACUACGGAGCACCAGCUCCAUACGCAGAGUCCAUAGCUCCAUCUCAACACGGAUCCACGUAUGCUCACUACUAUGAAGAUGACCAAGAGGAAGGAUGGGGAAUGCCUAACUUCUAUGAUACCUAUGGAAAGAACAGUAAGAUAGCACGGUCCAAUGGAAGCUUGUACAACGCUGGUAUGUACGGUCCACAGUACGCGCCACAGGGAGAGCUGUAUGACAGACUUGGUCGCCACGCCUACCAACCACGCCCAGAGGAUAAAUCUGGAAAUGAUACAACCAGCGAAUCUGAUGACGAUAGAAGCCGGCGCCAAUAAUCCUUCAAACCUGUUUCAACUCCCCCAAACUCACAAUUUCAAUGAUUGAUAAAAAAUAAAUUCAGUUCCCAGAAGCAAUCCAGUGUCUAGUUAUAAAUUAACAACUUCAAUUAACCUGAACAAAAUCCUGAAGCAAAAGAAGAUCAAGAAAUGCAUUUCAGUUCCAUUCCCGCUCGGGGAUAAGAGAGUAAAAUCGAUCCAAACUGUAUUUUCACCCGAAUUUUUGUCGAAAAUCCACGAAAUUAUGCUAAUCCCGCAUUUGUGGAAAAAAUGGUGCGGAUUUUCAAUCCCGCAAUUUUUCGAAGAUUACUUCAUCCAAAUUAGAGAAAAAGAGGCGCAGCCUUGUAAAAAUUCUUAUGAACAAAAAAUUUGAUGUCCAAAGCCCAGGGAUAUCUAAAUCCCUUAAAAUUCAGUUCGAAAAAGUGAUCUAUUUCAUUUGCUCAUGUUUCAGAAUCAUGCAGCUAGAAAUUUGAAAACCAAGCACUGCCGUUUUGUUACUUAACCAACCGUAUCGACGAAGCAAGACUUUAAUGGUUAAAUCUCAAUGUCAUCGAACUUAAAUAAAUUACUAUCGUUCGGUUGAAAAAUUCCGGCUCUUGGAGUAUGGAUAUUAACUUUCCUACGUAUUGUAAAUACAUUUGUUAGCAUUUAUACUGUAUGUAAUAUUGUAGCAAGGAAAUAUAUUGAAAUAACGCUUGUUAA